AUGUUUCCUAUCAGAUUUAUUCGUUCCUAUUCAACUGGACGAACACGUGAAACAAUUAAAUUUUAUUAUGAUUUUAAAUCGCCAUUUAGUUAUUUAGCACUAGAACCAGCAUUACAAUUAGAAAAAGACUAUCCAAUUCAGUUACGUUUUAUUCCACGGUCAUUUCAUACUCAACAAUGUUUUGGUGGAAAUCUUAUAGAACGAAAUCGACUUAACUGGAAUAAAGUUCAAUAUUUAUACUUGGAUCGUCAACGUUUUGCUAAUGAACGUGGUCUUAUUAUUCGUGAACCAGAACAUUCAUUUGAUUCGCGUCUUUCAUUAAUUGCUGGUUUAUAUGCCGAUAAACAUCAGUUUUUUCAUCAAUUUGCUUCUCGUACAUUUGAACUAUUUUUUAAACGUCAAUUAAAUAUUGAAAAUAUAGAUGAAAUUAUAAAACUUCUUUAUGAAACAUCAAGAAAAGAUAAAACACUUGAAGAAUUUUCUCAAGAUUUUCAAAAGUAUCUUAAUAAUCAAGGUCAACAAGAUUAUUUAAAUGCAGAAAAAGAAGCUGAGCAAGAUCAUGUAUUUGAUGUACCAAUGUUUAUUAUACGUGAUGAACUAUUUUGGGGACAUGAUAGAAUUUCUUGGAUUAAGAACAAAUUAGAUUCACUUAAGUUACAAAACAACUAA